GAGGGAAGGAGAAACGGAGAGAGAUGGAGAAACGGAGAGAGAUGGAGAAACGGAGAGAGAUGGAGAAACGCGGAGAGAGAUGGAGAAACGCGGAGAGAGAGAGAGAUGGAGAAAUGGAGAUAGAUGGAGAAACGGGGAGAAAGAGAUAGAUGGAGAAAUGGAGAGAGAUGGAAAAACGCAGAGAGAGAGAUGGAGAAACGGGGAGAGAUGGAGAAACGGGGAGAAAGAGAUGGAGAAACGGGGAGAAAGAGAUGGAGAAACGGGGAGAAAGAGAUAGAAGGAGAAAUGGAGAGAGAUGGGGAAACGGAGAGAGAGAGAGGUGGAGAAACGGAGAGAGAUGGAGAAACGGAGAGAGAUGGAGAAACGGAGAGAGAUGGAGAAACGCGGAGAGAGAUGGAGAAACGCGGAGAGAGAGAGAGAGAUGGAGAAAUGGAGAUAGAUGGAGAAACGGGGAGAAAGAGAUAGAUGGAGAAAUGGAGAGAGAUGGAGAAACGCAGAGAGAGAGAUGGAGAAAUGGAGAUAGAUGGAGAAACGGGGAGAAAGAGAUAGAUGGAGAAAUGGAGAGAGAUGGAGAAACGCAGAGAGAGAGAUGGAGAAAUGGAGAUAGAUGGAGAAACGGGGAGAAAGAGAUAGAUGGAGAAAUGGAGAGAGAUGGAGAAACGCAGAGAGAGAGAUGGAGAAACGGGGAGAAAGAGAUGGAGAAAUGGAGAGAGAUGGAGAAACGGGGAGAAAGAGAUAGAUGGAGAAAUGGAGAGAGAUGGAGAAACGCAGAGAGAGAGAUGGAGAAAUGGAGAUAGAUGGAGAAACGGGGAGAAAGAGAUAGAUGGAGAAAUGGAGAGAGAUGGAGAAACGCAGAGAGAGAGAUGGAGAAAUGGAGAUAGAUGGAGAAACGGGGAGAAAGAGAUAGAUGGAGAAAUGGAGAGAGAUGGAAAAACGCAGAGAGAGAGAUGGAGAAAUGGAGAGAGAUGGAGAAACGGGGAGAAAGAGAUGGAGAAAUGGAGAGAGAUGGAGAAACGGGGAGAAAGAGAUAGAAGGAGAAAUGGAGAGAGAUGGAGAAACGGGGAGAAAGAGAUAGAAGGAGAAAUGGAGAGAGAUGGGGAAACGGAGAGAGAGAGAUGGAGAAAUGGAGAGAGAUGGGGAAACGGAGAGAGAGAGAUGGAGAAAUGGAGAGAGAUGGAGAAACGGGGAGAAAGAGAUAGAAGGAGAAAUGGAGAGAGAUGGGGAAACGGAGAGAGAGAGAUGGAGAAAUGGAGAGAGAUGGAGAAACGGGGAGAAAGAGAUGGAGAAAUGGAGAGAGAUGGAGAAACGGGGAGAAAGAGAUAGAAGGAGAAAUGGAGAGAGAUGGGGAAACGGAGAGAGAGAGAGGUGGAGAAACGGAGAGAGAUGGAGAAACGGAGAGAGAGAGAGAGACAUGGAGAAACGGAGAGAGAUGGAGAAACGGGGAGAAAGAGAUAGAAGGAGAAAUGGAGAGAGAUGGAGAAACGGGGAGAAAGAGAUAGAAGGAGAAAUGGAGAGAGAUGGGGAAACAGAGAGAGAGAGAGGUGGAGAAACGGAGAGAGAUGGAGAAACGGAGAGAGAGAGAGAGACAUGGAGAAACGGAGAGAGAGAGAGAGAUGGAGAAACGGAGAGAGAGAGCUGUGUUACGAGGAGUCUCCGUCAGGUCGGAGAAAAGCCCUGGCCACCAGCAGCAUCAACAUGAAGCAGUACGCGAGCCCCAUGCCCACGCAGACGGACGUCAAGAUCAAGUUCAAGCCUCUUUCCAAGAAGGUGGUGGCGGCCACGCUGCAGUUCUCGCUCUCCUGCAUCUUCCUGCGCGAGGGCAAAGCCACAGAUGAAGACAUGCAGAGUCUGGCCAGUCUGAUGAGCAUGAAGCAGGCCGACAUCGGCAACCUGGAUGACUUUGAGGAGGAGAACGAGGAGGACGAAGAGAACCGUGUCAAUCAGGAGGAGAAAGCCGCCAAAAUCACAGAGUUGAUCAGUAAGCUGAACUUCCUGGAGGACGACGAGCAGGAGCAAAACCUCACCAGCUCCAACCUGUUCGAGGAGGCUGAUGACCCUGUGGACCUCAACCCGUUCGGUGACCCUGAUGAGGAGGAAUCGGGCCCAGCACCCCCCCUGGAGUCCACCUUAAAAGACGAGGAGUCUCCGAAUCCACUGAACCCGUUUGACGAGCCUGAACCGGAGCCGGAUCCAGAGCAACCCGAGUACAAGAACCCCUUCGAUGAACCGGAACCGGAGAGCUUACCCCCGAAAGGAAGCGCGAGGAAGCUCCCCCGUCCUGUGGACAUGAGCAAAUACCUGUACGCGGACAGCGGCAGGACGGAGGAGGCCGAGGAGCUGGACGAAUCGAACCCGUUCUACGAGCCCAAGGCAGACGGUCCGGUUCGGUCCACUACAGAAAGCACGGCUGCCUUGAAGAGCACCAAACGGUGCGCUCCUCUGCCCCCCUCUGCCCCUUCGGUGACCCCCGCCGGCCCUGCAGUUCCCAGUGAUCCCAAACCAGCUGUGCCUGACAAGGUGUCCAUCACGUGCCCUGCGCUAGGGCCGAGAGCGCUGGUCUCCUCCUCACCAAAGGAGAGUCCGGUGCCCAGUCCAGUUUUGGGAGGAAGGCCGAAUGCCAGUCAUUCUCUGCUCGUCUGGUGCCGAGAGGUGACCAAGAACUACCGCGGCGUUAAGAUCACCAACUUCACAACAUCAUGGAGGAACGGCCUCGCCUUCUGCGCCCUGCUCCACCACUUCAGACCAGAUCUCAUUGACUACAAGUCUCUGAAUCCUCAAGACAUUAAAGAAAACAACAAAAAGGCAUACGACGGCUUCGCCAGUCUGGGCAUCUCUCGGCUGCUGGAGCCAGCUGACAUGGUGCUGCUGGCGAUCCCGGAUAAGCUGACCGUGAUGACGUACCUGUACCAGAUCCGCGCGCACUUCAGCGGCCAGGAGCUGAGCGUGUUGCAGAUCGAGGCCCAGGCCGGCCGCAGCACCUACAAAGUAGGCGACUUCCACACCGACACGGAGAGCUCUGUGGCUCACGACACCUUCUACGCAGAGCUUCAGAACGAGGCGCAAAAAACCCACCCUGAUGCGGAAGGGGAGGAGGCGGAAGACGCCGGGUUCGCGGAGACCCCUGCCUGUACGUCCACAGGGCCGACCAAAACGAACACGGAUCCUUCCCGAGCCGACGCGUCGCAGCCGAAAGACGACGACGCGGCGAGAGAGAGGGAGAAGGAAAAAGAGAGGGAUGGGGUGGCUCCCGAAGGCGGAGCGCAACCGCAGGUCUCCGUUUCACACGCGCAAACGCUCGGCUUCAGCUACAACCGAGACACGGACGUGAACACGAAGCGGAGCGCCAGACAGAAUCAAGUGGACGGCACGACGAAAGAGAGCAGCUCGUUACAGACCAACCAUAUGGACACGCCCAACAAACACACACAGGAUGCUGCGCCUGUCCCUGCGUCCACCACCAACGAGAAGAAAGUGCAGUCUCGUCAGGAGGAGCUGAAGGAGCGAGCUCGUCUCCUGCUGGAGCAGGCUCGCAGAGACGCGGCCCUGAAAGCCAGGAACAAAACCGUCCCGAGCUCCACCUCACCCACACACGCCCGCCCACCACAGGUCAUCGACGAGCGUGACGAGGAGAGGCGUAGGCAGCUGAGGGAGCGAGCGAGGCAGCUGAUAGCAGAGGCUCGAUCAGGAGUGAAGAUGGCUGAGUUCCCUCUGCACUCAGACACCUCCGCUUCUGCAGGAGAGUUCAAAGGAAGGUCAAAGGCAGCUGGAGACAUGGUGAGUAGGGUGUGUGUUGAUGGUGAGGAGGAGAGGUCUGAAGACGAGCAGGUGGCGCCGUCGCCCGAUGAUGAUGUCACUGUUUGUGAUAAUGAGGAGGAGCCAAUGGCCACUUGUCUGCUGGAGGAUGACUUUACUAACUCAGCUACUGACCUGGCUUCUCUGGGAGUGAUGAACAGCAGGCACGUGGACCUGAAGCUGAAGAAGCUGACGGAGUUCCGACCUCAGGGGGGAAGCUCACCUUCGUCCUCCUCCUCUUCCUCAUCCCUCACAGCCUCCAGCACAUCUCCACUCAGCCCGGGAGAUGAGGCCCACCUGGGCUUGCAGAAUAACAGCGAGGAGCUGAAGGCCGAGCGUCUGCGCAGGGCGACCGAGCGUCUCCGCAGCCCCGUCGUCUUCAGCAAGGAAUCAGCCGUGCGCAAGACGCAGCUCAAGUCUUUCAGCCAGUAUGUGGAGAGCAGGCCAGAGGUGAAGAGGCAGAGGUCGGUGCCUGAGGACCUGAAGCGAGCGGGUGAGGACCGGAUCAGUUCCUCAGAGGCGGAAAACCGAAAGCCGGCAGAAGACGAGAAGGCGUUCAGAGACACGAGUCAGUACGUGGUGGGCGAGCUGGUGGCUCUGGAGAGCGAGCAGAGGCAGAUCGACACGCGCGCCUCGUGUGUGGAGAAGCGCCUGCGCUAUCUCAUGGACACAGGGAAGAAUAAGGAGGAGGAGGAGGCCAUGAUGCAGGAGUGGUUCACGCUGGUGAAUAAGAAGAACGCUCUGAUCCGGCGCCAGAAUCAGCUCUCUCUGCUGGAGAGGGAGCAUGAUCUGGAGAGACGCUUCGAGCUGUUGAACCGGGAGUUAAGAGCAAUGCUGGCGAUUGAAGAUUGGCAGAAGACCGAGGCCCAGAAGCAUCGGGAGCAGCUGCUUCUAGACGAGCUGGUCAUACUGGUCAACAAACGCGACGCCCUGGUCCGAGACCUCGACGCACAGGAAAAAGAGGCAGAGGAGGAGGAUGAGCACCUGGAGCGGACUCUGGAACAGAACAAAGGGAAGAUGGCUAAGAAAGAAGAAAAGUGUGUCCUUCAGUGAUUUCCAAACAGACACUAAAACUCACUAAAGUGUUUACUACCAUUUUUGAGAAAUGUAUCGUUAUUACUGUUAUAAUGAGCGUUGCAUACUCAUGUUUAUUCCAGCUUUAGAGGAAAGUUUGGUCAUCAUUUGCAGCCCAGGGCUGGUGCGUGUUAAUUCACUAACGCCUUUGGGUUUUCUCAAUACCGCGAGAUUACAUUUCACCAACACUAUUAGAUUAUUUUCUGUUUCGUUUUGAUUGUGCUGAACAGGUACGUUUAUGUGUUUUUAAAAACAAACUUUUCUGAAUAACCGAGUCGGAGAGGAAGCCCCACGACGAUCCACUGACUUCUACUGUUUGUUGUUUCAGACAGACGCAUAGCUUCAAUCAUACGAAUGUGUGUUAAUUUCCCAGUGGAGAUUAGGACUGAACAUUUUGAGGUACAACACAACAUUGUUUCAUGUUAGCAUUUCAAAAAAAAAAAACAACAACAACAAAACAAAAAAAAAAAUUCAGCAUUUUAUCUAUAAUAACUGAUUAUCUGAACAGUUUCCGCAUAUCUUCUUUUAUUCCAAGCAGUGUUUAUUACUUAAUGUAUAACUACUUUUUAAAUGUAUGGGAUAUCUUCAAGGGGGAUGUUGCAUUAAAAAAAAAAAAAAAGAAAAAGAAAGGAAGAAAGAAUGAAAGAAAGAAAUAAAACACACAUUGUGUUUUCCUUUUUACAGUUUUUUUGUUUGUUUUACCAAAAAGCUUGGGAUGUUCCAUAGCUGGGAAUGUUAGAGUGCUUUUAUUUAGACUGAAUGGUUAAGAUGUACAUUUCAUUUCACUGUUUGAGGAGGAAAAAGAGAGCGCGUGAAAUGCUAUUUCCAGGAGCAGUUUGAGAUCAGAAUUAAUUUAUUGUUGUCUGUCCUUUGCGACGACUAACCAUCUUCACACCCUUGUGCAUUCUCUCAAGGACCUUGUUAAUAUUUAUUGUAUACUUUAAAAAAAAAAAAAGAAAAGAAAAAAAAUGCUUUCAUACGCGUGUCUCUCGUUCACUUCGCGUGCUGCUGUCUUAUCGUGUGAACAUUGUUUAUUUAUUCCUAAAAUGACCAGUCAUCAAUAAAACCUGAAAUGCUUUCAUACUCUUAACAAAA